AAUUAAUGAUCGUCCACCACACAAAAAACAUGCUCGGCGAUAGAAUGGAAUUUGGGUUAUCGGGUAAUCGGGGGCCAUACAUACCCAUUAGCAUCAGAACCCGACCCGUCGUUUGUCGGGUUCGGAUGAUGACAGAGCAUAUCCAAUUAUCCAGCCUGUCACGCCCCAACUCACCUGCUGCAGAAUCGUCCAGAAAUUGAUAUGUCCUUCUUCUGUUCUUCUUACGUACAUAUAAUAGUCUGCGCACAGGGGAGAAAGGUGUCGUCUUUGUUGAAGUCUCCACCCCCUCGCUCUCUCUCUCUCUCUCUCUCUCUCUCUCUCUCUCUCAGGGGGGUGAGAUAGUUUGAUAAAAUGGGUGAAGUGAGUCAUACAACUAAGAUUUCUAAGGACGUCACUGAAUUGAUCGGGAAAACUCCGUUGGUGUAUCUCAACAAUGUCGUGAGUGGCUGCAAGGCCCGUAUUGCUGCUAAGCUUGAAAUGAUGGAGCCCUGCUCCAGUGUUAAGGACAGGAUUGGAUAUAGCAUGAUUACUGAUGCUGAGGAAAAAGGCCUUAUCACUCCUGGGCAGAGUGUCCUGAUUGAGCCUACCAGUGGUAAUACUGGCAUAGGGUUGGCUUUCAUAGCAGCAGCGAAGGGUUAUAAGCUUGUCCUAACAAUGCCAGCGUCCAUGAGUCUCGAGAGAAGGAUCAUUCUUAAAGCUUUUGGUGCUGAGUUGGUUCUAACUGAUCCGGUUUUGGGAAUGAAAGGAGCAGUUCAGAAGGCUGAAGAGUUGGCUGCAAAGACACCCAAUUCAUAUAUUCUUCAACAAUUUGAAAACCCUUCCAAUCCAAAGCUUUACGGUGUGGAACCAUCAGAAAGUGCUGUUUUAUCGGGAGGAAAGCCAGGCCCACAUAAGAUCCAAGGAAUAGGAGCUGGUUUUAUUCCUGGAGUUUUGGAUGUUAAUCUAAUUGAUGAAGUAGUUCAGGUUUCAAGUGAUGACGCUAUUGAAAUGGCAAAGCUUCUUGCCCUGAAAGAAGGGUUGUUGGUUGGAAUAUCAUCUGGAGCUGCUGCUGUUGCUGCCGUUAGAAUUGCACAGCGUCCAGAGAAUGAAGGGAAACUGAUUGUGGUUGUUUUCCCCAGUUUUGGAGAGCGAUAUCUUUCCUCAGUGCUAUUCCAGUCGAUAAAGAAGGAAGCUGAGAGCAUGGUAUUUGAGCCCUAAGCAGAAUAUGUUUACAACUGGAUGUUAAAAAAAAAACAAAUAAAUGAAAAGGGAGACUCAGAGCAUGGUGUCUGGAUGUUUAAAAAAUAAAAAAAUAAAAAAAAGGGAGACUGAGAGCAUGGUGUCUGGAACCGUGAAAAUAAAAAGGGAUUUUCUUAAGGCAUUCCUUCAGCAGAAUCUUCUUAUGGCUCGCAUAUCAGAAUAAUUUAAAUCAUAUGGUUUUCUUCAAGCAGAAUACUUACUCAUAUAUAACAUGAGGACUAGGUGCACAUCACUUAUGUUAUCUAUAUGAUGUGUAUCUUAUGCUUUACUGUUUUAUGGAGAAUUCUGCUGCAUGUUUCUUGGACAUGAGAAUAUAUGAUACAUUAUAUGACAUCUCUUAUUGUUCACUAGCCAUGUAUUCCUG